AUUAGUGAUUUUUUUAUUUUGUACAAAUAUUUAACAGUUUUUAGGUCGGGAACUUGAACGCAGCAAACAGCGCAUCGAUUUCUGGGUAAAACCACUCAAUUGAGGCGGAGGUGAAACUGAGCACGUGCCUCACGUCAUGUCCCAUUUUGAGUGCGGAGGGUGAGCAACGGUGUCGCAGCUAAGUGGAUUCACGUCGCUGGAUAUAGAAUGAUGUCAUCAGACGUGUGGUCUUGUGCAUGAAGCUUUAUCUGAUCAGAUGGACUGGAAACAGACAGACAGAUCAAGGGAGGACUCAAAGCAUCCUGCUCCGUGUGCCCUCUGGCCAGUGGACCUGAAAUUAACACACACUGACUGCAAUCCUGGGAAUACUUUGGUCCACUUUCAAGGUCAAUAUGCUACCAUAUGUGAGCUGGACUACAACAUUCUCCAAGUGGAAAUUCAGAAUGUCCCCAAAACAACAGUAUCUAUGGAAGUUGGAGACUUGUGCUUGGUGGAAGAUUUGCUAUCUAGUCGCUGGUACAGGGGAAGAGUUCAGAACAAAUCAGGAGAUUUGUUUGAUGUGUUCCUGCUGGAUCAUGGAAAUAUUCUUACCGUUGGUCCCAACCAUUUGUCUACAAUUUCUGAUUCCUUACUCAUGCUCCCACCAAAGAUCGUUUGUGGGUUCAUUGCUAAUGUGCUGCCAGUUCAGGAAUGCUGGGACCAACCAUCGGAGGCAUAUUUCUCCUCUUUGAUAGGCAGACAAAUCAAAGGUUAUAUCCAUGGUCUUCUGCCGUACAAGGUACUUAUUCUGGAAGUGCCAGAAAUAACCAAAGAUUUAAUAAGAUUGAGCUUAGGCAGACAUGUGGAUACAGACACGUUUCUGCUACUGGUGGAACUGGUGAUAGAAGUACCAAUUCAACAAAGCUGUGAGUCUGUCCCAGAUUUGCUCAUUGAAAAGCAAAUUGCACAUGAGAUUUCCUUUAAAUCCUCUAAUUUAUGUGGCUAUGAAAAUAUUCUUUCGCUCAGUGGCCCUAAGUUGGUUGUUGGACAGAAGGAAAGAGUUAGAAUAGCUGCUGCCGUAAACCCUGGGUUAUUUUACUGCCAGUUGUCCUCUGCUGCAAAGGACCUGAAAGAGAUGUCAGAAAAAUUGGCACUUGUGUGUGAGUCGAGGAAUGGUGACUUCAGAGACAGCCCUGGCGAAAAUAUGGGCUUACUAUGUGCGAUCAAAGGCAAAGAUGAGAAAUGGCACAGAGGUUUUGUGCAGUGCCUCCCCGUUAACUCCCAAGUUCGAGUUGUGUUUGUUGACUAUGGAUAUUGUGAAUCUGUAAAAGUGGAAAACAUCAUUCAGUUACCAUCAGAUUUUCUCCUGAGACCAGUCAUGACAUUUCCAUGUUCUCUUUCUUGUUUGGGUGGCAAAGACAAAGCCACAGUGAACCAGCAACUGGUGCUUCUCAGAAAAGGAUUACUGGGUAAGGAGCUUGUGAUUACAGUCGAUGACUUAAGCAAGGAAAAGAAUGUCUGUUCAGUCAUGCUCAGCAAAGUGGUUGAAUGUGCACUUAUCAGAACAGUACAAUCUAAAGAAGUCGAUAAAAUGACAAGCACUGGUAUUCUCCCUAAUGUGCACCGAUUGUGUUACAUCCCAAAUGAGACAAAAAAGGUGGGAAUCUCAAAAAAUUUGGUCGCUUUUGAACAUAUACAGGAUGGUUCUGUGUUUCAGGGUUACGUCGAGCAUGUUCAGAGUCCUCAUGAUUUCUGGAUGAGAACAUCAAAGUCCAAUGAUCGAUUUGAGGCCAUGAUGAAUAGACUGACCAAUUGGUUUAGUAGAUUACAACUGAAUGAGGAAACCCUUCAGGAUCCAGUGCCUGGGCAACUCUGUUGCGCCAUGUACGAAAAAGACAUGCAUUACUACAGAGCUCUUGUGGUGGAUAUUCUUGAGUAUGGUGCUGAGGUGUUUUUUAUUGACUUUGGAAACACAGAAAAGGUGCCAAGCAUGUUGAUAAAGAAAAUACCCACUGAAUUUACUGUGGAGCCAGAAUUUGCUUUUAAUUGUUCCUUGGCUCAUGUUGUUCCACUGGAAGAUGUCUGGACAGCUGCAGCAACAGACUUCUUCAGGAACGCCACCUCAAAUAAAGCACUCCUGGUUGACGUCAUUUACAGAAAGAGUGAUGUGUUUGUUGUGGAGUUGUACGAGAAAGGGUUUGAGAAAAGUGAAAGUAUUACAACGCUUUUAACAAGUGCAAAUAUGGCAGAAUACUGGACAUACAGUGUGAUAAAAACUCCUGGCACACCUGUAGAAAAAAAUAACAAAACAGGCAAGACUGGCAAGACAUUUGUGAGAGGGCGGUUUCCUGAGAAUUCUUGUAAAAGUGUGUCACAGAAACUCCCUAGCAAGGUGAUAAGGCAAGAAAUUGCCACGGACAAACAAAUCCACCCUGAGACACAAAAAUGCAGUGCUGAAGAAAUUUUUAAAGGUCAGAAACUUAAGCCAGGCGCUGUGAUUAGUGUCCAGUGUUCACAUGUCGGUUCCCCAUCAGAUUUUUGGUGCCAGAACAAGAAAAACAAGAAGGACUUGGACAGAUUAAUGGAAGGACUACAAAUGUUUUACACGACAAACAACUCUGUGUUGCAGCCCCACAGUGUAUGUUGUGCUGUCCGGUUUCACCUGGAUAAUAAGUGGUACAGGGGGUGCAUUCUUGGAGGAACAGAUCUAAAUGUUAAGGUGAUUCUAGUUGACUAUGGCAUGGUUGUGCAAGAAAAUCUGCAGAACCUUCAAGCGCUAAAUCCUGAGUUCCUUGAGCUUGAAGGGCAAGCAUUCAGAUGUAGUUUGUACAACUUAAUUGACCCAGUUGGAGGACAUGUGUGGACUGACGAAGCAAGCACAUUGUUCAAGGAUUUUACUUCUGGAAGUUCAUGUAAUCUGAGAUGCAAAAUCUACUCCCAGGUCUAUGUUGCAAAAAAAGGCCUCUGCAAUGUGGUUGACUUGUACACACCUCUUCAACGAGCCUCCACACAUCUCAUAGAAAGGGGUGUUGCCAAGGAAAUACAGUGUCCAAACCAACUACCUCCAUCUGUCUAUCCAUGUACUUUUGUUUAUUCUUCUUUUGGCAUUACCCUUGGAAGUGAAGAGUUGGUGUUCCCCACUCAUGUUGUCAGUCCGUGGGAAAUUUAUCUCCAGCUGGACAGAAAUACUGAAAUUAUUGAGCAGCUUAUGGACAGAGCUAUGAAGUUAAGUGAAGAAUUAAUGAGUCAGAUGCAUACCGGUAAAACUGGCAGUGUUUGCUUGGCCAAAUAUUCUGAAGACGGUAAGUGGUACAGGUCAUUUGUUUGGCCUGCUCAGUCCAGUCUACACUUUAAUGUAUUCUUUGUAGAUUAUGGAACCAAGCAGGUUGCUGAAAAAAAGAAUGUGUUAUCUAUCCCCAUAAAGGCAGUUGAUUUGCUUUUGACACCCAUGCAAGCUUUAAGGUGUAGUCUUUUAAGUAUUCCUGAGGAGGAACAUUUGCCUAAAGUUAAUACAUGGCUUGAGAAGGCCACUCUCAACAAGGGGCUUCGAGCAAAGUUUGUAGCAACAAACAGCAGUGGGCAUUUCAUUUGUGACCUGUUUGAUGGUGAAAUUCAUAUCAAUGAGAAAGUAAGAGAGAUUAUUGCAAUUCAUGGACAAAAAAGUAAAUCUGUCAGAAAACCUAUGAGUGAUUGCUGCAAAGAAGUUGUGAAUAUAUCUUCUGGGGGCAACAAAUUUAAGAGCAAGGGGAAACAUGCGGAAUCUGUGGUCAAAUCACAGAGGACGCCAGGCCGUACCAAAGUCAUACAGGGAAAUGGACAGUCGUGUCAAAAGAAAUCAUCAAAAUUAAAAUCUCCACAAAAGUCUCACAGUCUAAAUGGUAGUCCGGCAAAAAAUGGCCAGGGAAAAGAAAAACAUAGCCUGAAGCCCACAAAGCAACUGCAGAAAGAAAAGCACUGCACUAUUCCAAGCACUUCUAACUUACAGCCCUCUAAGGUGUUGCCAAAAGUUAGUGAUCUACCAGCCAUCAAAAUCACACCAGGUUUCAGAAGCAUGGGGUUCAUUUCUCACUAUGACUCUAUUGAUAGCUUCUUUAUCCAAAUGGAAAAGGAUGAAAAAAAAAUCCUUAAAAUGAGGGAGGAACUAAAUAGCAGCCCUUUCAUAGAAAGUUUGCAAAGUGUUACCUCAAGUGUAAAAGUAGGAGAUCUGGUUGCUGCUAGGUAUGAUGAGGACUUGGCCUUAUAUCGAGCUGCUGUCAACAGUUUAGCAUCCAGUGGUUACCUAACAGUUGAAUUUGUUGACUAUGGAAAUACAGCAACUGUUGACAAGAAGAAAAUUCACCCAUUAGCAAGCAAGUUUAUGUCUGAGGCAAGAUUAAGCGCUCACUGCAAACUUUCAAAACCAUACAAUUUGGAGGAUGUUGAGUCUUUUCUCAGUGACACACAUGACAAACCUUUGAUGGUGGAGUUUGUGCAGAAUCUUGGCUAUGCAUGGGAAGUGAGCAUUCAGGGACUUGCCCCUUCGAAUGAGUCAAGAGAAUCUGAUCCUGCUGGAGGAACAGAAGACAAGGUACCAGAUUCAGGUCAAGCCAAGCAAAGGCAAGAGCUGUAUGCAGCAGUACAUGAAGAUGACACUGCCCUUACAAGUAUCUGUGAAAAGACUGAAGCAGAUACGGCCAGCAUUAUAGAACAGGCCAAAAAGUCUGAAAGUGGAACCAAAGACAGUAAAAUGGUUCAAGAGAAAACCUUGGAAAAAGUACAGGCCACAAGAGCCACAGGUGGCAUGCAGAAAUUAAGAACAAAAAGAAAAGCUUGUGCCUACAAAUGUAAAUGUGACGAGAAACAAGAUGUUUGUCAGAGCGAUUUGCCACAAAAGCCUGAAAUAAAUAUCAGUGUUGCAGAGAAUGAACUUUUGAAUAUAUCAAACAAUUCAUGUGGUUGGUCUGGUUCAAAUACGCUUAAAACCUCUGUUGAACUGCCAGAGAGUGUAGGAGUAGAUGGACAGGAUAUCAGUGUAAAAAAAUGUCCGUCUGUUGUACAUCAGCCAACUCCAGAAGGCGAUUGCCCUGCACCUUUCGCCAUUCCCCCAGAGAAGCCAAUAGACAAAGAAGAUGAGAUACAACAUCUGUUUCUUGCACCUGUUAAAAAGGAUCAUGAAUACUCAGGAUUUGCAGCAGCUGUCACCACACCUGGUGAAUUUUACAUUGUACUUGAGGACCUACUUCUCAUCAUGAAUGCUGUAUCAAAUAUCCUUGAAGACCUACCAGAAGACUUGGCUCCGUUGCCAGAGGCUCAUCUGAUUCCUGGCACCGGCUGCCUGGUAAAGUCUGAAGAGAAAAAGAAAUGGUGCAGAGCAGAGAUAAUACAAUGUAACGACAUAUCAGUGAUCAUUAAUCUUGUUGAUUAUGGGUAUUGUGUACAUUUAGCAUGCCAAGAUGUCUGCAACCUUAAAGCACUUCCUGUUGAGCUUGCUGGACUUCCGAAGAUCACUUACCCUUGCUUGUUAAGAGGAAUUAAGCCAGCUGAUGAGCUACAGUGGUCUGACAAUGCUGCUAUGUUUUUCCAACAGUGUAUGUAUCAAAAAAAUCUUAAGAUACACUUCAGGCAGUAUGUUUCAGAUGCACAGUGGGAGGUUGAUGUUGUCACAUCUAACAGAAAUGUUGCUAAAGAGUUGGUUGAUGCUGGUCAUGCACACUACAUAGACACUGUGCUUGGAAUACGGUUUCAGCAAGGGCUAGGCCAUAAAUGGGAAAUCAAGUCCAACUCUGUAGAGAAUGUCUCCGAAGCUGUAUCUGGCAAGCAUGAGCAAACACCAUCAAACAUGGAGAAAGUGCCACAUAGAUAUUUGGAAGACGUGUCUUCAAAUGAUGAUGAAGAAAUUUCUGAAGGCUGUAGUACGGAAGGAGAGACUGAAGACCCCUUCAGUGGACGCUCUGACAAACAUGGAUCAGCACAGAAAAAAAAGUCUCGUUUAAGCCAAUGUGUCAGCGGACUGCAGUGAAGUGGAUUCCCUGCGUGUCACAAAACAGGAAUUUGCUGAGAAAAUGUUUUGAUAUUUUAUUGCUUGAUUACUGAUAGUUUGAUUAUUAAUCUCUUCCAAAAUAUUUGGUGAAUAUGAAUAUGCUGUCAGUGUACUCUUCUUGAAAUUUGGAAGGGUUUUUUUUGUUUGUUUGUUUUUUGUUGUUUUUUUUUAGGAUCUUAAGUGUAGGUUUUAAAAACAUGGACUUGAGUCCAUGAAUUUUCAUUUGUGGUUUAAAAGAAAACAAACAAGUACUUGAUUGUUGUAAUUGAGUGUAAUAAUUAUUUUCAUCUGUGUUCUUAUAUUUUUUGGGAUUAUUGUGCAAAAGCAGAUUUUAUUUUUUAUUUCCCCUGCAGUGAGCAUCAUAUGCAGUGCUUUAUUUAAAAAAAAAAAUUAUUUAGUUAUUUUUUUUACUGUGCAUAUCUGUAUGUUUAGUUUGAAAUAAUGUGUUCAGGAGUUCAGAAGAAGAGUAUUGUUUUUGAGAUAAGUAGUAAGUUUAUUGCGAUAUUGUCCUUUAAAAAAAUAAACAAAAAACCUUUAUUACGCAUGUUUUUGGCCAAGUUUAGUUUUAUUAUAGUAGAUUAUGUAGACAUUUAU